AUGGAGCCGAUUAACCCUGUGAUACUAUCGUUACUUGGUCUAGCGGCCUCAAUAUAUGUUUACUUUGGGGGCAGAAUUUCUUUCUUAGCAGUGAUUGCUGCAGCAUACUAUGUCAUCGCUUCUGAAAGUAGCAAUGGAAAACUGGAGCAAGCAUCUACAGUCCAAGAGGAGCCUAAACAGAAGGCCCACGCAUGCUCUUGUUCUCAUUCGGGAGGGUCAUCCUGUUGUAAAUCUAAGUCUGGGUCUAAUGAUGAAAAAAAGAAGAAGAAGUGCUGUGGUGGGAAAGGCCAUCACAGUAACAAAGAAAAGACCAAGUCCAAUGAUGAAUUUGACUCUUUAACUAUCGAUUUCAGUGAUGCUUUCAAGACUAAAAAGAAAAGUAAAAAAGAUCGCGUUAAAGUGUUUAAUAAAAGUAAAAGCAGUAUGACAUAUGUCAGCAAAUAUGCUGAUGAGGAAAACUCACAUGGUUUAGUCAAAACAGGUUUAACUGUCUCAAAUGAGGCCCUAUUAAAAUCUGACAUUUACAUUUUUUACAGUACUCUACAAGGUAAUGCUGAAAGAUCUGCUAAGAUAGUUAAAGAAAAUUUAGACAUAGUCGAGGAGUUGGAGAAAGAGGCAAUUUUAGUGAACUUGGAUGAGAUUAAUGAUAUUGACGAAUAUUUUGUUGAAAUUCCUAGUGAAAAUGCUAUCUAUAUUCUGGUCAUCCCAUCCUAUGAUACUGAUUGUCCCUUGGAUUACUUUAUUCAAACUUUAGAAGAAAACUUCAAUGAUUUCAGAUUGGAUAGUUUCCCCCUACGCAAAUUAGUUGGUUACACAGUUCUCGGACUUGGUGACUCUGAGUCAUGGCCAGAUAAAUUUUGUUACCAAAGUAAUAAAGUGGAUUAUUGGUUGGCUAGAUUAGGUGGGAGAAGAAUCUUCCCACUUGGCCAAGUCUGUAUGAAAUAUGACGGCAAUGAUAAGAUUAUUGAAUGGAGUAAAUUGUUUGGUGAAAUGUUAAAGGACGAUGAACCUAUUCUUUAUGAAUAUGACGAAAAAGUUUCCGACGCCAAUAAUGGUGAAGAUGAAGAAGAAGAAGAUGACACCGAGAACACCAGUGAUGGUGAGACUGUUGCUGACGUCGAAGAUUUGGGCGGUAAGACUGUCAAUUCGAAUUCUUUAGAGAUUAAACAAAUGGUGGGGAAGACUAGUCCAACCUAUAAAAAUUUGACUAAGCAAGGUUAUAAAAUAAUUGGUAGUCACUCGGGAGUGAAGAUUUGUAGAUGGACCAAAAAUGAAUUACGUGGGAAGGGGUCCUGUUAUAAAAAAUCACUUUUCAACAUCGCAUCAAGUAGAUGUAUGGAAUUGACACCCUCUCUAGCGUGUUCUUCCAAAUGUGUUUUCUGUUGGAGACACGGUACAAAUCCUGUCUCUAAAAACUGGAGAUGGGAAACUGAUGAACCUGAAUAUAUUUUAGAAAAUGCUCUUGAAGCGCAUUAUUCAAUGAUUAAACAGAUGAGGGGUGUUCCUGGUGUUGUGGCUGAUAGAUUCGCUAAGGCCUUCAAAGUGGCACAUUGUGCUCUGUCGUUGGUUGGUGAACCUAUUAUGUACCCACAUAUCUCCAAAUUUAUUGAGUUAUUGCAUCAAAAGGAUAUCACAAGUUUCUUAGUUUGUAAUGCACAACACCCUGAAUCAUUAAGAACCAUUGGUAAGGUGACACAAUUGUAUGUUUCUAUUGAUGCUCCUACAAAACAAGAAUUGAAGAAAGUCGAUCGUCCUUUGUACAAGGAUUUCUGGGAAAGAAUGAUGGAAUGUUUAGACAUCUUAAAAACGGUACAAUCACAUCAAAGAACUGUUUUUAGACUGACCUUAGUGAAAGGUUUCAAUAUGGGUGACAUUUCGUCAUACGCAUCCCUAGUGGAAAGAGGUCAACCAUGUUUCAUUGAAGUUAAAGGUGCUACAUUCAGUGGGUCUUCUAAAGAUAAUGUUAAUUCACUAACCAUGCAAAAUAUCCCAUAUAACGAAGAAUGUAAACAAUUCGUUGAAUCAUUUGUUAAGGAAUUACAAAGACGUGGUCUUGAAUACGAUAUUGCAGCUGAACAUGCUCAUUCUAACUGUAUUUUGAUCGCAAACAAGAAGUUCAAGAUCAAUGACGAAUGGCAUACCCAUAUUGAUUUCGACAAAUUUUUCCAAUUGUUGAAAACAGGGGAACAAUUUACAUAUAUGGAUUAUCUAUCAAAGACGCCUGAAUGGGCAUUGUAUGGUAAUGGUGGGUUCGCACCUGGUAACGUGAGAGAAAUUAGGAAAGAAAAGAAGUUAAAGAACAAGUUAAAGAACCAAACUCCAAGUGUUGAAGUUGUUGCAUGA